CAUUUAAAUCUUUGUUACUAGUUCUUAUUAAUACUGCUCUAUAGAAAUAAAAAUAUCAUUAAUGAUUUUUAUUCAUUGUAAAAAAUUUUAAUUAUAUUGAUGUACCUAACCUUAUCGUCAAAGUUACUUAAAACACGCGUGGAGUUACAGAAAUAAAAUGACAACAAUUACGGAAUUAAUUAGUUUCUUUGAUCAUAAUUCAAAGGAAUAUGAAGAAUUCUUGCAGGAUUUGAUAUGUCUAAAUGGAGAUAUACCAUUUGAUAUAGAAGAAGUUGACAAAGCACAAAAUGCCAUUCUAUCAACAGUAAAUCAUCAUUUAAACCGUUCACAUUCUCGUUAUAAUGGUUUAUUAAUUUUGGAUAAGAUUUUACCACAAUGCUCAAAAGAUGUGCUUUUAAAAUACUGUAUGCUAUGGAUUUCAAAAGCAACUCAAGUACUAGAAAGUAUUCAUAGUUCUCCACAAGAAUUAUCUAUUUCCUGCAAAGUUCUUGGACACUUAAUUGUCCGAUCAAAAGAUAUUCCUGAUAUACACAAACAAGUAUCAAUGCAAAAUGUGAAACAACUCAUUAAUGUAAUCAGUAAUUUAAGUUCAGAAAAAAAGUGUGGCCCGGUGUAUUAUUUAGCUGCUACAUUAUUACAUCAAUAUCCAGAAGUUUGUGAACGUUUGCAGGUAUCUAUUAAAAAAAUUAUUCUAUUACAAAUUGAUUCCUCUGAAGAAAAUUUAGUUAAUGCAAGUGCAAAAUGUUAUACUCUGUUAGCAAAAGCAACAGAACGCUCAUUUAAGCCACCAGCCUUAAAACCUGCUUACACUGCUUGGACAUAUAAUCAAGCACUUAUUUGUAAUAGUUUACAUACUAUAAUGGAUGAACUAUUUUCUAAUUUAAUAGAAUUAGAAAAUGUUGACAUUUGGGAUAAGCUGGAAUUACCCAGUAUAUCAGAGGAGAAUGUUAUUCAAUUUUAUUUUGAACAAAAAUUUAGGUUUCUAAAUUUGUGCACUUAUUUAUCAUACAUGUUACGGGGAUUUGGUAAAAAAAAUUCAGUAUUUCCCCAUGAGAUUUUGAAGGUUUUAUGCAGAGGACUAGCAGUACAACCUUCAAACUUAAAGAAUCAAAACUCUGUCCGAGAGCAAAUGUUAUAUCUUCUUUUACCACACUUGCAUAUUGCAUUGUUCAACGUGUUAGAUGCAUUAAUUAGCGGAUUUAAAGAACAAUUAAUACCAUUCGGAUCGAGAAUAUUGCAACUGUUUCUUCAAACGCUACAGUGGACAGAAACAGUUCUAGAACAUCAAAUAACGAUUAGCGGCAAUAAACCAUUUAGAAAUGUAAGGAUAAUUGUUUAUAAAUGUCUCAACUCUUGGUUGAUGCAUACUAAUGCUCUAUCAGGUAUAGAAACAAUUUCCGAUGAAUAUCUACCUUCUAUAUUAAAAGAUAUAGUACCAGAAAAAGAUCGUGUUUUAUUAACCAUUCAACGAAACAAUAAUUUAUCAAAAAGAGCUUUAAAACGUUUACGAGAUAAUCAAUAUGAAAAAAGUACAUAUUUGACUAAUGGAACCGGUUCUAGUAAAGAAUAUAAUUUAGACACAGAUGUAUGUGAAGCUGCUCUUAAUGUGUUACAAAAUGUAUUUUUCAAUGGUGGAACUCUUUUAAAGCAAACAUUUUUUAAGACUGUACAAAAUACUAUAAUACCCAUUUUAUACGAUUGUUAUUUAAAUUCUUCAGAACAAAAAUUUUAUAAAGAACAUCCUGAAUGUCGUUUGCUACUACUACGAGUUUUGAGAGUUUUGCAAAUGAAUCCACACCCUUUAGUACCUUUACCUACACAAUAUUCUCUAGAAAUAUUUGAAAUGGCUUUAAAUGAUAAUAAUCUAUACGUUACCCAAGAAGCCAAGAUAGCGUUGGCGGAAAUUGAAAAGAUCGUACAUCCUCAUACUCCAUCUAUACAGCUGACUCAAGUAGAGACUACUGAAAAAGAAUUUAUUGCCGAUCAACCUGUACAAGAUCAAGAUGAAACAACAGAGAAUGAUGAUACUGUGGAUACUGUAGAAGAAGAUAUGAUACCGUCAUCGAAUAAAAAAUUAAAAGUAACAAAUUUACGCGUUGACGAGAUUGAAAAAUCCAUUGCUAACAAUACCACUGAAGAAGCAAACGAAAAUAUAUUAGAGAAAUCGAACAGUUUAAUAGAAGAAGAAAUUACGGUUGAAGUACAAGAUACAACUAUUGUAGAAAGUGAAAAACUACCGAUAACGUGCGAUAAACCGUUAAAUAAAGUUGAUUCGAUACCAGUCGUAAUUGAUAAACCGGAAAUUAAAGAAUCAGUAUCAUCCGUACAAAAGAUUAUGGAAAAUGAAGGUAUCAGCAAUGAAGAUAUGAACACAACAGAAGAAACUAAUCAUAAUUUAGAAACCCCUUCUGAAUUGACUGAAGCGAAUAAGGAAGAUUUAUCGUCAGAUAAAGAAAAUGAAGAAGAAAUGUUACUUCAAUUAUUUCAAGAUGUGCCAAAAGAUAAUAACUAAUUACAUUUAUUUAAUAUAAUUGUAUUAUAAAGCAAAUGUAUUGUUACCUUAUUGCUCA